AUGCCCAGCUCCGUUCGUUGCGAACCUCUUGUUACGUUCGCAUGCUACCGCGCCCCGUUCGCAUCGCUGCGUCUAUCGUCGAGCCCCCGAGCGAGGUACGUGCCGGUGAUCCGGAACGAGAAGAUCGUCUCCUACAAGACCGCCUACUUCGGCAAGAUCCACCUGGGCGUCGCCAGGCAACAGACCUUCACCGUGGUCUUUGACACGGGCAGCGCCCACUUGUUCGUGCCAUCGGCCACCUGCCAGAGCCCUGCAUGCACUCGGCACCGCCAGUUCUACCGUAAUGCGUCGGACUCGGCGGUGGACUUGGACCACGACGGGAACCCCGUGCAGAAGAACGCCACGCGGCGCGAUCAGGUGAACAUUGCCUUCGGCACCGGCGAGGUCACCGGAGAGUUUGUGCGAGAGACCGUCUGUUUGAGCCCUGGUGCGAUGGACUCUCCACGCAAGGACUGCACCGAGCUCCGUGUGAUCUUGGCCAGUGAGAUGACGAAGGACGAGCCCUUCAUGACCUUCGAAUUCGAUGGCGUCCUGGGCUUGGGCCUCGCCAGCCUGGCUGUGGACCCCGAGUUCAGCUUCUUUGGGCAAAUGUCCAAGUUGAAUGGCCUCAGAGAACAGACUUUUGGAUACUUCUUAUCACGGAGCGACAAGGUGCCCAGUGAGAUCUCCUUCGGAGGUCAUGACCCCAAGCGCCUGGCGAGCGACCUGCAGUGGGUUCCGGUGCACAAGCCGGAGCUGGGCUAUUGGCAAUUGAAGCCAC